GUUUUCUGUGGAUGGAAACGUGUCAUGUGAAUAAAGAUGAAAGGACCUUUGUUGUACUCCUCUUCUGGGAAUCUUUUUAGGGAUAUUGCUAAAGUCAAGAAUAGAUCAGAAAUGAAGAAAAGAUGGGAAUAAAAGAAUAGCUUUCAUGGAAAAUUGAAAUCAUUCCUUUUAAAGUUCACAAUUUCCACCCUGAUGAUAGAUCCCCAGCCUUGCAGGAUGGGUUCUUCCUAGAUAUAAAGGUGACAGCCACGAGAGGAUUUUGAUGCAACUGUGAUUGAUGUCAGCAGGGCCAGGCAGUGAUACUUUAUUACAAAUUUAAUGGACAUUUAUUAAGCUGAUUCAAUGGGAGCAGCCCAGGGCUAGAUGGGGCCGAGAGAUACAAAAGGAAGAUGCAAUCUAUGAAGGUCUGGGGGACCAGUUAGGGAUCGAAAUUCCACUGAUUUGAGUUGUUAUACACGCAUUUCAUGCCAGGAGCUCUCAUCAUCAUCAUUUUGUGUCUGCCUCUCACAAGCCCGGACUGGAACAGCAUGAUUCUCUCUCAUGCAAGGUGAGAAUAUGUGGAGAGAUUCGGUAACUUCCCCAGGGAAGCUCUUGUCACUCACCUAGACAGGAAAUAGCUAGAGAAUAACGGAGGCACAGCCUAAAGUUGGGACACGUGUCUAAGAUGCAGAUUUAUGCUUUCGUCCAUGAUACAGGAAGUCUAUGCUUCAUAGAGAAGACAAAACAUGAACAUUUCAGUGCUUUUUUAAUAAGUGAAGUGGUUGUGGAAAUAUUUGCAAGGAGGAAACAUCUUUUUAGUAUAGAAGAGUCCUUGGCUAGUUGACAGAACUUUUUCUUUCUUGGGUUAAAUGUAGUCACUUCUAUUAUAUCCUGAAGCAUCUGGCUCUCCCGGUAAAGACAUGUGAGCACUGCCACAGGCCUGGAAUGUCUCAAGAGGGUAAGAAUAGCCUACAAUGAGAGAUGACUCCUGCUGUCUUCUGGUCACUGCAGUUGUCAAGAAUGCUUUGCCUCAAAGGCAAACAGCUCAGGGCCGUCUCAGCUCGGAGACAGAAAACUGACCUCCCAUUCCUGAGCUCGAAGCUUUCCAUUUAUAUCUGCAGCUCUCACCUUUAAGUCUUUUGUAGAGAAGAUACAUUUAUUCCUUCAAAGAUUUGCCACCUUCUUGGAGAAUAAUACAGCCUUCCGACGACUCCAGCAGCCUUGGGUCUGCAACACUUGGGAAAGAUGGAACGUCUGGAUCUGCUGGGAUUCCUUCUUAUCACUGUCAACUGCAACAUGACCAUUGUGGGGAAGAUCUGGCUUAUCUUCAUGGUACUGCUGAGGAUGGUGGUGAUCAUCUUGGCAGGCUCCCCUGUCUACCAGGAUGAGCAGGAGAGGUUUGUGUGUAACACUCUGCAGCCGGGAUGCGCCAAUGUUUGCUACGACAUCUUCUCCCCGGUGUCCCACCUGCGGUUCUGGCUGAUCCAGAGCGUGUCUGUCCUCCUCCCUUCUGCCAUUUUCAGUGUUUACGUGCUCCACAGAGGGGCCGUGCUCGCCGCCGGUGGACUCUGCGGGCCAGAUGGCAGUCCCACCCGCCCUGAGCCCUGUAACCAGAGCCCUGGGGACAGGCACCUCCCUCCGCCCUGCAGGGAGCCCUACCACCUGACCGUGCCGGAUUUCUCCUCCAGCUACAUCGUCCACCUCUUCCUUCGGGUGCUGACCGAGGCAGCUUUUGGUGCCUCGCAUUACCUCCUCUUUGGAUUCUUGGUCCCCAAGAGAUUCUCUUGCACCCACGCUCCCUGCACCAGCGUGGUGGACUGUUACGUCUCCCGGCCCACGGAGAAGUCCAUUAUGAUGCUUUUCAUGUGGGCGGUCAGUGCGCUCUCCCUGCUGCUCAGUGUGGCUGACCUCCUCUGCAGCGUUCGUGGGAGGACGAACAGGGGCGGGGCCCCCGCCAAGGAUCCCUUGGGCCACACCACCGGCCGCCCGCUGUCCCGGAGCCUGGGCGCUAGGUCAGGUCCGAUGGCCGGCAACGGUGCGUGGGUGGAGGAGGGGGCGCCCAUCCACCCCGGCCUGUGGACUGGAGCGGAGGGUGCCGACAGCCCCAGGGGGAAGUCCGCUGUGUCGGGGCGGAUGGGGCUUCCGGAUGAAGAUGAGAGCGAGGUGCUGUCCUCUGCCAGCGAGAAGCUGGUCACGGCUUGCAAAGAGCCCGGGAGUAGGGCACAAGCGGAGGCCUCCCAGGACCCUAGGGUCGAGGGUCCCACAAGGUCCGAGGAGCAUCUCUUAGUGUCUCGGAGCCGGCUGGGCCGGCUCUAUCCAUCCGGUCAGCUACCGCCCCCCGACAGGCUCGCCAACUCCAGAUCCAGAAAGUCUGAGUGGGUCUGAAGAGGGAGUGCCAGGCAGCCCCGGGGUACCCUGUCCUGUCCAAACAGACACGUGGCCCACGAGGAUGCAGACUCGCUUUGGCCUGUGUGAAGCUAAUCCUCUAGGUUGCGGGAGAACAUCCGCAGGCAGAAAGGCGAGCGGGCAUGGGACACAUGGACGUCGUGGGAGACUAACCUCCUCAAGACACAGAUUGAUUUAGAUGACAAUUUCUCUUGACAAAAGCACUUCACAUUGUACUUUUGACAAUGUGACUGGAAACUAAAAUGAUUAAUUGGAGAGUGUUGGGGGAUGGAUGAUGUUACGCUCUGGGUUGUUUUUUUUUUUUAAAAUCAUAGUAUGUGCUUAAUUUAAGUGUGCUGUCUUCCAUUAAUAGAGCUCAUUAAUGUUUUCAUGUUUUCCCGUGAGUUAUUAUGAAGUAUUAUUUUGUUUUUCUGUUUGGAUAAAAGAGGCAUCUGAUAUGCAUGUUAACAAUAAAGAGAUACUAGUUUAACUUCUCCCCACGCCUUUAAUAAAAUUAAUUGUGACGGAAUUGUAGUAUCAUACCUCCCAUUGUAAUAGGAGAAAUGAGAAAUAUGGAAAAUACGGCUCCUAAACAAUUGGGGAUUUGGGAGGAGGCCCCUUGGGUGGUUUUUGCUUGUGAGUAUAAGGUGCCCAGGACCGCUGGAUUCCUGGGGUGCUUGCUGUUCCUGUGUGUUUGCUAAGUGGCUGGUCCUCACUGACGUGAGGGAACACAUUUUUGUUUGCUUUAUUUUUAAUUUUUAAUUGAACUGUAGUUGACCUAGAGGAGGCAUUUGCGGCGUUGGUGAGGGGAGGUAGAGUUGUUACAUGUAUUCCAGUCUGGGCUUUGUCUGUGUCCUUUAGACAGCCGUACAGCUAAGGUUGUCCGAGAGGCUUCGUGUUCCAGUGGAGCAGAUGAGAAACGCUGUUAGUGUUGUGGCCUCGCAGUCCAUGUUCCUGUUUUUUGGGAAACAGAAAACUGCCUCAUGUCUGGAGAUGAGCUUCACAGAAACACUUCCCUACAUUUCUCAGUUGUUCUGGUUUGGGUCUAGGAGCUGCUCAAGUUAGAGGUGACUUUUGUGAGGGACUUAGGGUCGCCUUUAACUGUGACAUAGAUGGACACAGUGUAGCUGAAAGAGCUACUGUGGGGCAGGAUAAACCUGUUUACCUUAUUAAGAGAGGAGGAAGAGCCAUCCGGGUACACUUAACACAAAAUGGCUAAGGACAAGGAAUUGCCAUUCACUCCAGCAAAUAAUAAAAAAGGUGAACCCAUGCACUCAUGAACCCAAUGGCCCCUUGUAGGAGUUCUGAAGAACUUCGACAAUGAAAGGUCUGCCAGGAUGGAGAAUAACAUCUUUUUGGAUAAAUCCACAGGAUGUCAAAGCAAUCGGUUAAGACCUAAAUCAUCCCAAAUCCGUUUUGGCAUAAAACUAUUUGAAUGAAUGUGCCUGUUUUUAAUAUAUGCGGUAAAUCUCUCCUGUGACUCCAUUCACUGGAAGCAGUGAGCCAUGAUUCAGCCAU